UGUAUUGAAACGCAGUGCCUGCUGUAAACUUCUGUGCUUAUAUCUUCCGUGCCAGGUUAUGUGCUGAGUGGAUUCCCCGUGGGAAGUGCGCUGAGGCAAUGGCUUGGCACUUUCGGAGGGUAAUAGCUGAGCAGGUUGCACGAGUUUUGGGCUUGCCAUCAGAAAGAGUUGCCCAUUGCAUUCGAACAGUUCCAGUCCACAGAAAACAUGAGUCCCCAGAUUUCCAGCUUUUUAUGACUUCACUAGGUGAUCCUAUUGACACAUCCAUUAAUCACGAGGAAAGAGCCCAACAACUCGCAGGAAAGCUUGUCUGCGACUCUGUGAUUAGUGACAUUGGCACAGCCAGAGCAUCAGUUACAUUUAAAAUUAACAGGGAUUUAUUGACGAGGACUGUUCUUCAGCAAAUAAGUAAAGAUGGCUCUAUUUACGGACUUAACACAGAGCUUUUCUCAGGGUUAUCCGGAAGAAAGACAGUAGUGGAAUACAGUUCGCCAAAUAUUGCCAAAAAGUUCCAUGUUGGGCAUCUGCGGUCCACGAUCAUUGGAAAUUUCAUCGCUAACCUUAAACAAGCAGUGGGAAAUGAGGUUAUAAGAAUAAACUAUCUCGGUGACUGGGGUCUGCAGUUUGGCCUUUUGGGAGCUGGAUUCAGCAAGUUUGGUAGUGAAGAGGAACUUGUAGUUAACCCACUGCAACAUCUCUUUGAAGUUUAUGUGAAAGUCAACACAGCAGCCGAAGAAGAUAAAGAUAUUAAGUUGUCGGCUCAGGAGUUUUUAAGAAGGCUAGAGGGAGGAGACCCACACGCGCUGUCUCUAUGGAUGCACUUCAGGGACCUGAGCAUACAGGAAUAUGCUAAAGUGUAUAAGCGUCUUGGGGCACAUUUUGAUGAUUAUUCUGGUGAAUCAUUUUACAAAGAGAAAUCACAGGAGGUUCUGAAACAGCUUGAAAGUAAUGGGUUGCUACAGAAAACAGAUAAGGGCACUGGAGUGGUAGAUCUGUCAGAAGAAGGAAACCUUUCAUCCUACUCAACUGUGAUGCGCAGUGAUGGAACAUCCCUGUAUAUUACAAGAGAUGUGGCUGCUGCACUGGAUCGACUGGAAAGAUACAGCUUUGACGAGAUGAUCUAUGUGACAGACAAAAGCCAGAAAAAUCAUUUCCAACAGCUGUUCAAGAUUUUGAAGAUCUUGGGAAAAGAUCAAGCAGAUCGCUUUCAGCAUGUACCUUUUGGCCUAGUGAAGGGAAUGAAGACAAGAAGAGGUGAAGUAGUUUUUCUAGAAGAUGUAUUAGAUGAAGCUCGCUCAAGGAUGCUGCAAAAUAUGGCAGCAAGUGGAACAAGUAAACAGCUUGAAGACCCUUCUGAUACAGCUGAAAAGAUAGGGAUUGCAGCUCUUAUUGUACAGGAUUUUAAGGGCCAGCUUUUAUCCGACUACCACUUUGAUUGGGACCAGGCCCUGCAGAGUACUGGAGAUACCGGUGUCUUUUUGCAGUAUACUCAUGCAAGGCUGCACAGCCUGCAGGCUCUGUGGUGCUCAAGGGACACGGAUGACAUUGAUAUAGCAAGUUUAAGAGAGCCAUGUGUCAUCGCAACACUGCAGCAUCUUCUCAGGUAUGAUGAAGUGAUAUACAAGUGUUUAGAAGACUUGCAGCCAAGAUAUCUGGUAACCUACCUCAUGAGCCUUGGCCAUCUUGCUAAUGUGGCCCAUCGAGCAUUGCAUGUUAAGAGAAGUUCUUCAGAAGCUGCCCAUGCUCGUCUUUUUUUUUUCAACAAUGUACGAAUGGUUCUGAGCAGUGGGAUGAAACUUCUGGGCAUUUCCCCUGUUAACAAUAUGUAACAUAUUUGUAGACAACAUUAUAUAUUUUUAUAAAAAGAAAA